AAGCCUCCAGUCUGCUAGCAUAGUCACUGUGACAAUGACCUUCUAGCUAAUGUUAGCAUUUACUCUGCUCAAAGCAACGUGACUCUGUAAACAGCAUUGACAGGGGGUAAACUGUUCCUGUCAUGGACAGGGAUAGGCUUAGUUAUGGUGAGUCUAGAAGUAUAAAACUGUAAAAUAGUGGAGUAAGUAUUUUUACAGAUUAAGUAAAAAUAGCAAAUGCAAGAAAAUCUUUAAAACCUUAACUUUCAUUUACCUUAACAUUCGGCUACUUGAGUUUAGGCUUUAGGAAAUGGUACAGAACAUGCAUCAUAAAAAUAUUCUAGUACUUAAAGUGACACAAAUACAAAUCUUUAGCUACAGGUACUUCAAACUUAUACUGGGUGUUUUAGAGCUAAUGCACUGCAAUAUAGUAAGAUUCAGAUAUGAAGUCAAAAAUCGUUUCAGAAACAGCUUUUCUCAAGAGUGUGCCCUCUUCUCUCUUAUAUUCCAUCUUCGUUUUGGAGUAGCUCCCCACAAACCCGCCCCUCGCGGUCAGCACUCCAUCCUAGGCUUCUCAUUGGCCGAGAGAGACGUCAGUCAGAGGAUUAUCCGUGUCGGGGUAGGUUGAUUACACUGAGGAGCCGCGUUGAGCCGAGCGGGGCUGUGGAGUUGGAGCAGAACAUUUAAAACCGCCCAGGGAAGACACCGCAUUUUACGAGGAUAGUUUUGUUUUUUCUCACUGCCUCCCUCUCUUUCUCCCUCCUCCUCCUCGCCUCUGGGUGACUCUGCCCGGUCCACAAUGAGUCGGUCGAGAGGAAUGCAGCACCAGUUUACCUGAGCAAGUGGACACUUGUUUUCUAUCAACACUUAUUCUGCUGCUACUUUUUAUCUCAUUGAAUUGGAUGGCGCGUCGGGCUGCUGCCAUUUAACUUUACCGUAAAUAUUGGACAAACAAGGUUAUCAGCGGCAGAAGCAGCAGCAGUAGCUCAGGGUUCCCUCCCUCCUCUUCAGCCUCCUCCUCCUCUUGUUCCUCUUUCCUCUUGGUCGGAGCUCUUUACCGGGUCACGCAGGUUGCUGUGGUGGAAUAGCAGCAGCAGAAGAAGAUGGGACUACCUGCUCUGGAGUUCAGUGACUGUUACCUGGACAGCCCACAGUUCAGGGAGAGACUCAAGUCCCACGAGUUAGAGCUGGACAAGACCAACAAGUUCAUCAAAGAGCUGAUCAAAGACGGCAAGGCACUCAUCCAGGCUCUGAAAUGUCUCUCAACAGCCAAGAGGAAGUUUGCAGACUCUCUCAACGAGUUUAAAUUCCAGUGCAUUGGAGAUGCCGAGACAGAUGAUGAGAUAUGCAUAGCCAAGUCUCUUCAGGAGUUUGCAGCUGUCCUACAGAACCUGGAGGACGAGAGGACACGAAUGAUUGAGAAUGCCAACGAUGUGCUCAUCAUGCCUCUGGAGCGGUUCAGGAAAGAACAGAUCAGUGCAGCGAAGGAAGCAAAGAAGAAGUAUGACAAAGAGACGGAGAAGUAUUGUGCAGUUCUGGAGAAACACCUCAGCCUUUCAGCUAGGAAGAAAGAGUCACACCUACAUGAGGCCGAUAACCAGGUAGAUAAUGUCCGGCAGCAUUUCUACGAGGUUUCUCUGGAGUACGUCUUCAAGGUUCAGGAGGUCCAGGAGAGGAAGAUGUUUGACUUUGUGGAGCCUCUGUUGGCCUUUCUCCAAGGGCUGUUCACCUAUUAUCACCAUGGCUAUGAGCUGGCAAAGGACUUCAACCACUUCAAGACUGACCUCACCAUCAGCAUACAAAAUACGAGGAAUCGUUUUGAGAGCACACGGUCAGAGGUAGAAAGUCUGAUGAGGAAAAUGAAGGAGAAUCCACAUGAACACAAAAGUGUGAGCCAGCACACCAUGGAGGGAUAUCUGUUUGUACAGGAGAAGCGCUCUUUUGUAUCUACCUGGGUGAAAUACUACUGCACAUACCACCGUGAGCCCAAGAGGGUCACUAUGGUCCUGUUUGAUCCUAAAUCUGGAGGGAAAAUGGGAGAAGAGGAAAGCUUCAUCCUAAAAUCAUGCACAAGGAGGAAGACGGACUCAAUAGAAAAGAGGUUUUGUUUUGACGUGGAGGCUGUGGAUAGGUCGGGCGUGAUCACCAUGCAGGCUCUUUCAGAAGAAGACCGCAGGCUGUGGAUGGAGGCCAUGGAUGGGAGAGAACCGGUAUACAAUCUAAACAAGGACAAACAGUCUGAAGGCAUGGCCCAGCUUGAUGUGAUUGGCUUCAAUGUGAUGAAGAAAUUCAUCUAUGCAGUGGAGACUCGAGGCAUCAAUGAGCAGGGCUUGUACAGAAUAGUUGGCGUCAGCUCCAAAGUACAAAAACUACUGGGCCUUGCUAUGGAUCCUAAGACAUGUGCAGACGUGGAGCUAGAAAGCCCAGAGUGGGAGAUCAAGACCAUUACGAGUGCUAUAAAGCACUAUCUCAGAAUGCUCCCUGCUCCUCUCAUGACGUACCAGUACCAGAGAAGCUUCAUCAAAGCGGCAAAAUUGGAUAACCCAGAAGCCAGAGUGACAGAGAUCCAUGCUCUGGUGCACCGACUGCCUGAGAAGAACAGACAGAUGUUGGAGCUUCUGAUGAAACACCUGAACAAUGUGGCCAGUCACCACCAGCAGAACCUGAUGACUGUUGCUAACCUUGGUGUAGUCUUCGGUCCGACUCUGCUCCGCCCACAGGAGGAAACAGUCGCAGCUAUCAUGGACAUUAAGUUCCAGAACAUUGUAGUGGAGAUCCUAAUAGAGCACAAUGAGAGGAUAUUUAAGGAUGUGCCGAGUUCUGCUGGUGGUCCAACCAAUAUGCAGCUCAACAUGUCAAGGAGGAGAAGCACAGAGAGCAAAGCCCCAUCUUGCAGCGAGAGGCCUCUCACGCUUUUCCACACACCAACACACUCCCAGAAAGGUGAAAAGAGGAACAGUGUAAUCAACACAAACUUAUCUGAGCUGCAGCAGCCUCUCUCCACCUCCACAAACUGUAACAGCAGCAGCAGCAGCAGCAACAGUGGCAGCCAAGGUCGAACUCCAAGACACAGCCUGACCAGCAACGACGGAGACUCACAGGAUGCCCGACAGAUCCGACCCAGCUCACUGCUGAACCCAAAGAGUCGCAGCAGCAUACCAGCCAGUGCAACAUCGCCCAGCCCCACCUCGCCUCGAUCACCCUCCUGGCCGAUGUUCUCAGCCCCGUCAAGUCCACAGCCGACGUCCUCCGCCUCCAGUGACUCCUCUCCUGUCAGUAUUGUGGGCAGGAAGGCUCGAGCACUGUAUGCCUGCAAGGCAGAGCAUGACUCUGAGCUGUCCUUCAUCGCUGGGACCAUCUUUGAAAAUGUUCAUGCUUCCAGGGAGCCCGGCUGGCUUGAGGGGACUUUGGAUGGCCGAACAGGACUGAUACCAGAAAACUAUGUGGAGUUUUUAUAGUCCAGGGCCAGGAAAAGACUUAACCUGGAUGAUUCUGUGCUGGAGUUGACCAAAUCGGACUGUUCAGGUUCAAUACUGAUAAGGCAGUAGACAGAGACUUGAAGCUGGUCUGAGCAGAACCUUCUUGAAUAAAUAUGAUGAUGGAAAGAAGAGGAGCAAACUUGAGGGCGACCCAUAAAUUGCACUGGAAAAAAGAUGCGUCCAACUGUGGUUCUGACUGUUAUUGAACUGGUGUGAAUGACUUCUGAAAUCCUGGUGAAAAUGAUGUGAUAAUGAGCCUGAAAUGCGCGUGUGUGGAAGAGAGAGUGUGUGAAGUGUGUUGGGUUUCAGCCCUUGCUUUAUCACUUUGAACUGCACUGCCACUGCUACAGCAUCUCCUUUUUAUCAGUCAGAAACAGAAAGAUCUUCCCAUGGAGAUGUUUGAAAAGAUAACAGGGAACAAAAUCCAAAGCAAGUGGCCUUCAACUUUGGACUUGCUUGUUCUCCUCUUUACUGUGUCUGAACGGUUGCUAAUCUCAUUGGGAUGAGCUUUUUAAAGCUGAUUUAUUUCUUUUUUUUUUUUUUUUUUUUUUUUUUACUGGUUGAGUUCUGUUGUACAGCUGUAAAUGUGUUUUUGAGCACUUGCUGUGGCAGUCUGGUAAUUCCCCUGGACAAGACUCAACCUGGCUAAUGUUUCUGAGCUCACAGUUCAGCAGCAGGAGCCUCAGGGCAGAUCAGCACAGAAUGAGAUUGACAGGAGGUCAGCAUUUGGUUUAAUGCCUCUCCCUGCAGAGCCCUCACCAAAAAUGUAAACAAUUUUCAAACAAGCUCCGGGAGCAGAUCCGUGGUCUACAAAGCAACGUAGAAGUAACAUCUGAAUCCUGCUGUUAAAAAUGAGCCAGCUCUAACAGCUUACGUUGCUCCCUGAUAUUUAUUUGAUUGUUGCGAAUAACUGGAUCCAAUAUUGAGUUCUGUGUUGUGUCAUGUUUGCACAAUUUUAAUUAAUUUUGCAGGUCUCAUAGAUCAUAGAAGUGUCAUUUCUAAUGAAGCCCUUAAAGACACACAUUUAUACAUUUAUUUUACUCGGUUUUUAUGUUAGUAUGAGAUUAGGAGAAAUGACCUUAUCAUGGGAAAACCAGUAUUCUUACUCUGUAAUAGUCACCUCUUUUCAGUCAUUUUCUCAAGAUCUUGAAAACUUAAUUUAUAGAGAAGAAGACUAAGAGGUAAAUAAAUAAAAGUCCACUUAAUGCUUCUGUAAAUUUCCAAAAUACACAUAAAUGAUGCAAAUAUUUGAAUUUAGCUUGAAUCAUCAUAUUAAUUCAAUUACAGCAGAUGCUUUAUCCUUAACCAAAGUGAACUAAAAAUUAAAAUUUGACAAUUCUGUGAGUGAUUUAGUUUUGUUCACGGUCUGCUCUGGGGACUUUCUUCAUUCAAGAGUCACAGCUGAAAUUACAGUACUUUCACUUGCGCCACUAGGAGAACGUCUGUAUCAAGUUAUUUGUACUUUUCUUUUUUAGGACUGAAUAAAAAAAGAACAUUUUAGCAUUUGAAUAAAAAAACAUAUUGGGAGAGUUAAAAAAAAGAAAUGUGAAAUGAGACUACUUUGUUCAUAUCUGAACUUCUUAUUUAUGAGAGUUUCUUGAAGGUGUAAUCCUGAACUGUAUUCAUUCUGUGGUGUUUUAUUGACAUUGUAAAUACAUAAACAGCAUUUGAUAAGGUAUAAUUUUUUUAAGUAUGAAAUUUUAUAUUUUGUAUUUUUAGCCUACUAACUUAAUUUCUUGAUUCCAUCUUUGUUGCCCAGAUUUUUGUAUCAUUUAAGUCUAUCCACAGCCUUAAAUAUUCUUUCAGAUGUUUUGGCGAAUUGAUGAGAAAUUGUGCAGAAUUAAAGGAGGUAAAUGUUCAA